AUGGUUAAUGAAAGGUCCACGGAUGCAGGUUCUGAAGCUCAAAUCGCUAAUCAAGUCACUAACAGAAAUCUGUUAGAUGGGAAACGUUUCACGCACCAUUCACCGUUUAACUCUCGACUAAAUAAUAUAACAAGCGACCUAGAUUUGACCCAGAAAGAUUCGGUCACAUCCCUACCAAACGAUUGUGCUACCAGGAGAGAUUGGGAUGUGGUGACAGCCAUUCUUGCUGAGGCUCAACGUAUAAGUUCCGAUUCUGCGCUGAAAACACCACGAGAGGAUUUCGAAGAGUCGAACAUAGAACUACAUACUGCUGUUAGUAGUAAAAAAGAAGACGGGAAAGAAAGUGGAGGUGGUACUGGAAUUGCUUCUGUAGAUUUUAGUCUUACCAGAAUGUUUCCAUCGUUCUUCGGACGUUCAGCCACUACGUUACGCUCUGCAUCGUCAAUUAUUCCUCAAAAUUCUCGUCCCACUACCGAACUACCCUCACGUAAUUCUACUUUCAAAUUUCCCCAAGCGCCGAAGAAACCAAAAAAUUCACGACAAGAUGUGUUGCAUUUCCGGUCCGAUUAUGCGAACAAAUACGCGAUUGGAAGUCGUCAUACUGUGGAUUUUUACAACGGCUCCUACGAUGAUGUUCAACGUGAAGCGAAGAGCGUAGUGAAGUUACUUAUUGUAUUUAUCCACGAUCCAAACAAUGAGGAUUCUAAGAAGCUCAUUCAUGAGACUCUCAAUUCGAGAGAAUUCAACAGAUUCGUCAUUAGCAACGAGGUUAUUGUUUGGGGAGUUGCAAGUGAUUCCGAAGAAGGAAAGUACGUAGCGUACAACUUGCAUGUGUACAAGUUCCCUUUCGUAACUAUGAUGUGUCCACGAGUGGAUAAUCGAAUGUUUACUGUGCGUCGUUGCUCUGGAUUCAUUUCUGCCGUGGAUUUAGUCAAGAAACUCCAAGAAUCGGUUGAUAUUACGAAGGAUGAUAUCAAGGCGUUAAGAGAGCAACGAGACAAACUCCACAAGUAUCGUCAAAUUAAAGAAGAACAAGAGCGAGAAUAUAAGGAGAGUGUGGAGCGAGACAAACGAAGAAUGCUGGAGGCUAAAAAAGUACAACGAGAAAAACAAGAAGCCGAGGAGAAAGAGCGGAAAAGACUUAACGACAUUGAAGAACGAAGAAAAAUAAUAGCAGCACAACGAGAGCGCCUACGGCAACAGUUGAGCGAGCAACCUGUCGGUGGUGAGGUGGUCCGUAUACAGGUCAGAUUCCCGUCCGGUGUGAAAUUUUCGAAACAAUUUGCAGUUGAGGAUAGUUUAGAGAAACUCUUUGCCGCAAUAAUUUGCCACGAAACGUGUCCGGAUUUCUUCACCGUGUUCUCUGGAUUUCCACGCUGCCAGAUCCAUUGUGCUCCGAAAUGGUAUCACUCACUGCUCUCACAGCAACUCUUGGAUGACGGCCAGGCUCCGACCAAGUUUCACCCCGCAUCCUCAUUCAAGGAAGCGGGACUGAAGAAAGCGGUCGGGGUAUUUGUGAACAAUUGUGGGACGUGA